AUGAGACGUCUCAUACGACGCAGCCUAGCAAAGAAGAUAAUCGCGAUAAUUUGGAUUGUUUCUGCCCUCCUCUUCAUUCCUUGGGCUUACUAUUUCCGGCUCUCUCAAGCACCAGAUGGUAUUAUCAACUGUCGCGAGUUUUGGCCCUCUGUCACGGCCGACAGAGCGUAUUUCUUGGGUGUCGUGACUCUGCUGGUGUACACCACACCGUUGAUUUUCAUGGCCUACUGCUAUUGCUCCAUCAUCUUCCGAGUGUGGAUGCGAGUGCACAAAGCCCAAACCACCACCACCACCACGGGAACCACAACCGUCACUGCCACCUCCACCGCGACCAAUUCGGAUGAGUCGAGAAUCAUCACCAAAGUGCCACACACUCGCUAUUCUCCCCCACCCAUGCAUCCACCGUUGGAGCCCAUACAAGGAGGAGGAGGAGCCUCGGAGACAUCGCGUUACGUUGGAAACCAACACACUGAAGCCAAGAGGGUGGACAGCUAUGCAACAUUAAGGAAGACUCUUGUUAAAAUGUACGUUAGAAUAUUUUUGGCUACCAAUGUAAAGGAAGGGGGUAAAAAGCGAUGA